GCCGAGGCGCCCGAGGCGGCUGCGGGGAUGGCCCGCAGCUUGGGAGCCCCGGCCCCGGCGGGGUCGGCGGCGGCGGCGACCCGAACCCGGCGGUUGCCCCCGCUGCUCGUGCUGCUGGCGGCGGCGGCGGCGGGCCCCGGGGCGGGCGGCGCGGCGCGGCUGUACCGCGCGGGCGAGGACGCCGUGUGGGUGCUGGACAGCGGCAGCGUGCGCGGGGCCACGGCCAACAGCUCGGCCGCGUGGCUCGUGCAGUUCUACUCCUCGUGGUGCGGCCACUGCAUCGGCUACGCGCCCACCUGGCGGGCCCUGGCCGGGGACGUGCGAGACUGGUCUGCUGCCAUCCGCGUUGCCGCUCUGGACUGCGGGGAGGAGGAGAACUACGAGGUGUGCCGAGCCUAUGACAUCCACUUCUACCCCACCUUCCGGUAUUUCAAGGCGUUUACAAAGGACUUUACAACUGGAGAAAAUUUUAAAGGGCCCGACCGAGAGCUGCAGACGGUGAGGCGGACCAUGGUCGACUUCCUACAGAACCACACAGGCGGAGGCAGGCCGCCUGCUUGCCCACCACUGGACCCCAUUCCGCCCAGCGACGUCCUUUCCCUUGUGGACACUCACGGUGGCCGUUACGUGGCCGUCCUGUUUGAGAGCCAUGGCUCCUAUGUCGGCCGUGAGGUGAUCUUAGACCUGCUUCCGUACGAGAACAUUGUGGUGAAGAGAGUGCUGAACGCAGAGAAGGGCUUCCUGGAGAAACUCGGUGUCUCUUCCCUUCCCUCCUGUUACUUGAUUUACCCAAAUGGGACACGUGGAUUAAUUAAUGUCGGGAAGCCCCUCCGAUCGUUUUUUUCCUCUUAUUUGAAGUCGUUGCCGGAUGUGAGGAAAAAAUUGCUUUUGUUGCCUGAAAAACCCAACAAGGAAGAGAAUCCCGAAGUCGUGGUUUGGAGAGAAUUUGACAGGGCGAAGCUCUACACGGCGGACCUGGAGUCGGGGCUGCACCACCUCCUGAGGGUAGAGCUGGCCGCCCACAAGUCCCUCGCGGGGGCCGAGCUGCGGACACUCAAGGACUUCGUCACCGUCCUCGCCAGGCUGUUCCCCGGCCGGGCACCGGUCAGGAAGCUGCUGGAGACGCUGCAGGAGUGGUUGGCCAGCCUUCCCCUGGACAGGAUCCCCUACAACGCUGUCCUCGACCUCGUCAACAACAAGAUGCGGAUCUCUGGAAUAUUCCUUACUAAUCACGUAACGUGGGUUGGAUGUCAAGGAAGCCGGCCGGAGCUCAGGGGCUACACGUGCUCUCUCUGGCGGUUGUUCCACACUCUGACUGUCGAAGCCGGGGCCCGCCCAGAGGCGCUGGAUGGCACAGGUCUGGAGGAUGACCCCCAGGCCGUGCUGCAGACCAUCCGGAGGUACGUGCGCACCUUCUUUGGCUGUAAGGCGUGCAGCGAGCACUUCGAGGCGGUGGCUGAAGAGUCCAUGGGCACGGUGAAAACCACAGACCGAGCGAUUCUCUGGCUGUGGGAGACUCACAACCUAGUCAACAGUCGUCUGGCAGGUCAUCCAAGUGAGGACCCCAAGUUUCCAAAGGUUCCGUGGCCCACCCCGGAUCUCUGCCCAGCCUGCUACGAGGAGAUCAAGGGCGUGCACAGCUGGAACGAGGGCCAGGUGCUUCUGUUCUUGAAGCAGCACUACAGCGGUGACAACCUCGUGGACACGUAUGCAGCAGACCUGGGGGACACCAGCGAAGGACGCGGCCCACACCAGGGCGGGGAGCAGGAGAAAGGCCUCGCCUCCCCAGGGAAGCCUCAGAGAGACCAGCGCUCCGAGAGUCUCCGUCCACCCAGCGUGCUGCCUCCCAGACCCCGCCUGUCGGACGGCUCGCAGCUCGGCCUGGACGGGAGACUGCGGAGUGCACGCGGAGCUGAGGGCCGCAGGGAGGCGGAGGUGGCUGUGCCCUUCCUCGGGAUGGGCUUCUCUGGCCUGGACAUGAGCCUCUGCGUCGUGCUCUACGUGGCCUCUUCCUUGUUCCUGAUGGUGAUGUACUUUUUCUUCCGAGUGCGGUCCAAGCGGUGGAAGGUCAGACAUCACCGGCCGUCCGUGUAGGAACUGAGCGGGACCACAGAAGCGCCUUUGGGGAAACAGCCCCACCAGGCCACCUGCAGCUUUCAUAGGAGAUCAGGGAUUUUAUUAACAGCGAGACCCAGUUGUACUUCCAGUGGCGGGCAGGCCGGCGUUUGCCGUGGGCCCGCGUGCCCUCCUGGCGUGCUCCCUGGACGCCUAUACAAGGCUGACAGCAAAAAUGUUUCUGUAUUUUCGCUCUCCUCGGUCUAAGAAAAGGGGGAGUCCAGGCCAGACAGAUUUUCCCGGCUGCCUUCGUCCCAAGUUUCUAGACGCACGUCACCUUCCGCAAGCCUGGCUGGGAUUCCGAGAGCACCGAGCCCUUGUGCCGGGAGGCUGGGGGGUGAUGGCACGUGGCCGGCCUCGGCCCGGCGGAGCUGCAGCGCCCGGCGAGCUCGUUCUGGUGGGCUGACGUGUGUACGGUCGUCAGAGCCUUUAAGGCUGAACCCCAAAUCUCAUUUCCCAGAAGCUGUUUUACAAAAGGUCCUGACCCAGGACCCCGGUCCCCCAGGCUUUGGUGAUUGAUUUUUUACCAUUUAAUGAUUUUUCACACACUGUGUGUAAAACCCAAAUCACUUAGAGGUGAAUUUGCUCCUGGAGAUAUAAAUAGACAAAAUGAGCAGGCUCUGCCUUUUCGUGGAGAUGCUUUAUGACGUCGCUUUGUCCACAAGUACAGCUGCGUCCGUCCACUCCUGUCACUAGGACGGUACGACCGUCUUCUCCACUUCGCCCAGCGCCCGCUGUGAUCACGAACUAAUGCCUGUUGACCAGGGGCGUGUCUUGGGGGGGCAGCAGGCGAGCUGUCAGGAGCUUGAGUUCCUGCAGGGGGAUGGGG